CGGAUAUAGUGAAUGCAGGGUCCGGGGAGAGUGGAUAUAGUGAAUGCAGGGUCCGGAGAGAGCGGAUAUAGUGAAUGCAGGGUCCGGGAGACCGGAUAUAGUGAAUGCAGGGUCCGGGGAGAGCGGAUAUAGUGAAUGCAGGGUCGGGGAGACCGGAUAUAGUGAAUGCAGGGUCCGGGGAGACCGGAUAUAGUGAAUGCAGGGGUCCUGGAGAGAGCGGAUAUAGUGAAUGCAGGGUCCGGGGAGAGCGGAUAUAGUGAAUGCGGGGUCCCGGGGAGACGGAUAUAGCAAAUGCAGGGUCCGGGGAGACCGGAUAUAGUGAAUGCAGGGUCCGGGGAGA